ACGGAAGUGAUUUUCUGCUCUUCUCAAACAUCACAUUACAGCAAGCUAGCGAUCUAUUUAGCUAACAUUAUCACAGUUUAUCCUUCCAUUUCGUUGCUAAAGUUAGGUUUUAUCUCCAAUUAAGAAUGUCAGAAAGAAAAGUUUUAAACAAAUACUACCCGCCAGAUUUCGACCCGGCAAAAAUACCCAAACUCAAACUUCCUAAAGACAGGCAAUAUGUGGUCCGGCUGAUGGCUCCCUUCAACAUGAGGUGUAAGACUUGUGGGGAGUACAUUUACAAGGGGAAGAAGUUCAACGCCCGUAAGGAGACUGUGAUGAAUGAGCUCUACAUGGGACUGCCCAUCUUCCGCUUCUACAUCAAGUGUACACGAUGCCUGGCCGAGAUCACCUUUAAGACUGAUCCGGAGAACACAGACUAUGCCAUGGAACACGGUGCCACAAGGAACUUCCAGGCGGAGAAACUUCUAGAGGAGGAAGAGAAGAAGAUAACUAAGGACAGAGAGGAGGAAGAGUUGAACAACCCUAUGAAGGUGUUGGAGAACCGUACGCGGGACUCUAAGAUGGAGAUGGAGGUUUUGGAGAAUCUUCAGGAGCUCAAGGAGUUGAACCAGAGACAGGCUUCGGUGGACUUCGAAGGAAUGCUGGGAACAUACAAAGAGCUGGAGCAGAGGGAGAAAGAGAGGGAGAAGGAGGACGACGAGAGGGAGACACAGGAGAUGCUAGAGAGAGCUCUAGUGAAGAGGUUAAGAGACUCCGACUCUGACUCAGACCAGGAGAGCGAGAGCAGCAGCAGACCAAAGAAACCCAGCACAGACAGACCUACUGACAUCCUCACCACAGACAGACUCGCUGACACACAGGGCCUGUCAGUGAGAGGGGUGAAGAAGGCCAAAGUGGAGAGCUGGGAAAGAAGUGUGGGGGGGCUGGGAGGUGGAGGGGCACUGGGAACACUGGUGGUGAGAAAGAAACCAGCGACCUCUGUCCCUAUACCUGAUACCACAGUAACUCCUGCAGGCUCUAACACACAGACAGUUUCAAAGGCAGCUGCUAUCGUACCGACGGAGGCUACUAAGCCAAUCACAGCACAGAAUGGGUCGUCGUCGCUCAGCCUCCUGGGGGCGUAUUCCGACAGCGAUGACAGCAACAAUAGUGAAUGAGAGAAAGGCUGGCGACGCUUUGGCUAAUCAAAAUGCUCAGUCUGUCUGAAAUUCGUGAUAUGGAAAUGUGUUGAUAUGUUGGGCAAUUCACCUGUUCCACACAACCCAGAACGGUUUUGGAUUUUCAAGAUCACAACACAAGGAUGGUUAUUAGGUGUAAGAAAGGGGUAAGCAAUUUGAAUGCCUGUAAUGAUUUAAAACUGCUGUAGUUGUUUCAGAGUAAAUAGGAGAGUUAGCGGGCUGAAUUUUAUCAUCCUGCUUUGUGACCCUUACCCCCAAUGUAAUUAGUUUUCACCUGUGAUUUUAGAAAAUAUAUUUUGAAAUGUCCAUCUACCAACUACCCUCCUCCAACUCUGUCAUGUUUUGACUUUCCAUUAAAUACUUAUUUUACUCAAA